AUGGGUCUGUUCCUUGGGGGCUGCGGCUUGCUGCUGUGCGUUUUCAUUGGAAUCUAUUGUGCCUACAGUCGAGGAGCCAAGAAAGAACCGUUUGCCCACCAUCGCUUGUACCAGGAGGCAUUUGAUGACCCUGCUCUCUUCUUGGACAGCCCCAAAGAUUAUGACUGGUUCUUCUAUGAAACAGAUGGUUAUGUCUACCCAACGCCUUCACAAACCCAACUUAAACCAAUCCAGGUCCUCUCAAUCCCAGCUCUCAAGCAACCCUCUCCUGUGGUUGAAAUGUCACCCGAGAAACUUGCCAGUCCUGAGACAAGACCAGACGCCAAGGAGCUACAACGAAGUACAGUGAAGCUGGAAUGCCUGUCCCCAUCCAACCUAAACCUUGGAAAUCUCAUCUGAGGUCCAGGUCCUCUCUAGCAGCUCCCCCUUUCUCCAGUUCAACUCCUUUCUCUUAUUUUAUUUUGU